GCUAGGCGUCCUACAGUCCAGUAGCUGCUUCUCCAACCGCCAGUAAACACUGGAGAAGAAAAAACCGCUGCUCGUCUGAGCCGCUUUAGCCCCUCGAGUUAUAAAAAUACGUUAUUGUGUCUGGCUCUGAGGAUUUAAAACCCUGAGCUGUGUGAGGACAUGAAAACCGAGACAUCCAUGGAUGGAGAGACCUCAGAAGCCUGUGUGAAGAAAGAGGAGACCCUGGAGCUGAAUAUCUACAACUAUGGAGACGAUCUCGACAACCCACCUGAAGGUCUCUCUGUUAAAGUGGAAGAUCCUGACGAUAAAGACCAUCUCUACUGUGAAGUUUGCAAAUCCUUCUUCCUUAACAAAUGCGAGGUUCAUGGACCACCUCUCUUCAUCCCUGAUACUCCUGUUCCCAUGGGAGUCCCUGACCGAGCCAGACAAACACUUCCUCCUGGGCUAGAAAUCCAGAAGUCCAGUAUUCCUGAUGCAGGCCUGGGAGUAUUUAAUAAGGGGGAGACUGUUCCAGUAGGUGCGCACUUCGGCCCCUGCCAGGGAGAGCUGGUGAACCGAGAGGAAGCCAAGAACAGUGGAGACUCCUUGGUUGUAUACAGGAGCAUGCAGUGUGAAGAAUACAUUGAUGCCAAAAGAGAGACGCAUGUGAAUUGGAUGAGGUAUGUGAACUGUGCCCGUAAUGAAGAAGAACAGAAUCUUGUGGCAUUUGAGUAUCAAGGGGGAAUUCUGUAUCGUUGCUGUCGAUCCAUUAACCCAGGACAGGAGCUCUUGGUGUGGUAUGAAGAGGAGUACACCAAAGAACUCAGUCCUGCACCUACAGGAACAACCAGACAGCAAGAAGUAAAGAACACUCUGCUGCAAGUCUUUUCAUGCUCCACACGCCCUCGUUCCGAUGCAUCUCAAAUUUACCUCGACAAGCAUAUCCAGAGAUGCCACUAUGAAGAGUACGUGAGACUGCGAGAAUCAGGAGAGAUUAAAUGUAAGCUUCAGAUCCCCUCCAAAUGCUCCAGUCGUCAACCAACAUCAAGUGAUGAUAUCCAUUCUGAUACUUCCCAUAAUGAUAUACAGAAGGAAAUUCACCACUGCUCAGAUUGUGGAAAGAGUUUUAGUUAUCAGAAUACACUCAAGACACACCAGUGCAUUCACAGAGGAGGAGAUCCACAUCACUGCUCACAGCAUGGUAGGAAUUUUACUUACCAGAGUGCUCUCAAAACACAACAGCGCGUUCACACAGGAGAGAAGCCGUAUCAUUGCUCACAGUGUGGGAAGAAUUUUACUCGUCAGAGUGAUCUCCAACGACACCAGCGCAUUCACACAGGAGAGAAGCCGUAUCACUGCUCACAGUGUGGGAAGAGUUUUACUCGUCAGAGCCAUCUCCAACGACACCAGCGCAUUCACACAGGAGAGAAGCCGUAUCACUGCUCACAGUGUGGGAAAAGUUUUACUAGUCAGAGUAAUCUCCAACACCACCAGCGCAUUCACACAGGAGAGAAGCCGUAUCACUGCUCACAGUGUGGGAAGACUUUUACUGAACGGAGUGAUCUCCACCGACACCAGCGCAUUCACACAGGAGAGAAGCCACAUCACUGCUCACAGUGUGGAAAGAGUUUUACUUGUCUGAGUCAUCUCCAACAACACCAGCGCAUUCACACAGGAGAGAAGCCGCAUCACUGCUCACAGUGUGGAAAGAGUUUUACUCAUCAGAGUAAUCUCCAAAUACACCAGCGCAUUCACACAGGAGAGAAGCCGCAUCACUGCUCACAGUGUGGAAAGAGUUUUACUCAUCCGAGUAAUCUCCAAACACACCAGCGCAUUCACACAGGAGAGAAGCCGCAUCACUGCUCACAGUGUGGGAAGAGUUUUAUUCGUCAGAGUCAUCUCCAACAACACCAGCGCAUUCACACAGGAGAGAAGCCAUAUCACUGCUCACAGUGUGGGAAGAGUUUUACUAGUCAGAGUCAUCUCCAAAGACACCAGCGCAUUCACACAGGAGAGAAGCCGCAUCACUGCUCACAGUGUGGGAAGAGUUUUAUUCGUCAGAGUCAUCUCCAACUACACCAGCGCAUUCACACAGGAGAGAAGCCGUUUCACUGCUCACAGUGUGGGAAGAGUUUUACCAGUCAGAGUGAUCUCCAACGACACCAGCGCAUUCACACAGGAGAGAAGCCGUAUCACUGCUCACAGUGUGGGAAGACUUUUACUCAGCAGAGUGCUCUCCAAACACACCAGCGCAUUCACACAGGAGAGAAGCCAUAUCUCUGCUCACAGUGUGGAAAGAGUUUUAUUCAUCAGAGUCCUCUCCAACUACACCAGUGCAUUCACACAGGAGAGAAGCCGCAUCACUGCUCACAGUGUGGGAAGAGUUUUACUUAUUCAGUUCCAUUUAAAACCCACAAGUGCAAUAACUCCGAGACAUUGCAUGAUUUAAAGUUGUCAAAUUAAAUAUGUAUUUUAGGGCCCGAGCACCGUAUGGUGCGAAGACCCUAUUGUUUCUGAAGGAAAACAGUAGGGUCAAGCACAGUUCGGUGUGGGACCCUAUUGUUUUUCGAAGGAUUAUUAUUUUUUUCUGUCGUGUUUGGCCUUAUUUGAGGCAUUUCCCAUGCACAAAAACUCAUGAAAUUUGAUACACACAUGAGCCAUUGUAACCGCUUCUCAGCCACAGACGUUUGGCCCCGGGCGUGGCCCAGGGACGUCAUGGAGUCCUUGAAUUGGCAUAUAGUUUCAGCUACGCAUACCAAAUUUGGUACGCAUGUAGUUCGUCCCAAGACGAACAACUUUUGUAUAUACAUUGCAUUAGCCACGCCCAACAGGAAGUGAGGUAAUUGGGCUUAUGUGCGUUUGGACACAUGGUCAUUUUUAACGUACUCCUCUGAGACGGUUCAUCAGAUUCAUGUCAAACUUGGCAAACAUGAUGCCAAGAUAUUGCUGAUGUUGAAUUGCGAAGGGGUUUUUGAUAUAUUGUAAUAUGUUGAAAUGGCAACAUUAUGAAUUUUAAUACUCGCCACAUAAACAGGAAAUGUGUCAUGAAGUCAUAAUACAUUUAAUGAUUUGGCUGAAACCUUUCAGGUUAUUAGAGAAUGUGAUUAUGAUGACAUCUCAAUGGCCAAUAUGCCUGUCUGGUAGAUCGCCACCAACUGGCCAAGGAAAGAAUCGGGUUUUGAAUAUGUGUGUUUUGACGCAUGAUUAAUUUUAACAUGCUCCUCCUAGACGGUACAUGAGAUUCAUGUGAAAUUUGUGAUGCCAAGAUGUUGCUGAUAUUAAAUUGCGAAGGGAUUUUUGAUAUCUUGUAAUAUGUUGACAUGGCCUUAUGAUUUUAAUAUCUUGCCACACAAACAGGAAACGUGUCAGAAAGCCAGACACUUUUUACUUCAAUAGAUAUUAUGAUUAUUCUGAUAACCUGAUGCCCAAUGGGCCUGCCUGUUAUAGUGCCACCACCUGGCCAAGCAGGAAAUGUGCCAGAAAUUGGCAAUGCCUUAACUGAUUGAUCUAACACUUUACAAAAUAUUGUGUAUUAUGCUUGUGACGAUAUUCACAUGUGUAAUUCAGAUGCCUAGCACAGCACCACCAUCUGGCCGAGCAGGAAAUGGGGAAAAAUGUUCAAUUCAUUGAUGGAUUGAUCUGAAACUUUACAAAAUAUUGGAUAUCGUGAUUCUGAUGAUAUUGACAUGUCUAAUUCACAUGCCUAGCACAGUAUCACCAUCUGGCCAAGCAGGAAAUGUGCCAAAAAUUUUCAAUGCUUUGAUGGAUUGGUCUAUGACAUGCCUAGACGCCCAAUAUGCCUGUCUGGUAUAGCGCCACCAACAGGCCAAGGAAAGAAUAGGGUUUUGAAUGUGUGUUUUGACACAUGAUGAAUUUUAACAUACUCCUCCUAGAUGGUUCAUGUGAUUCAUGUGAAAUUUAUACGUGAUGCCAAGAUGUCACUGAUAUUAAAUUGCGAAGGGAUUUUUGAUAUGUUGAAAUGGCCUUAUGAGUUUAAUAUCCUGCCACAUCAACAGGAAAUGUGUCAGAAAGCCACAGUGCAUUGACUGUAUGGUCGGACACUUCUUACUUCAAUAGAUAUUAUGAUAACCUGAUGCCCAAUGGGCCUGCCUGUUAUAGCGCCACCACCUGGCCAAGCAGGAAAUGUGCCAGAAAUUGGCAAUGCCUUAACUGACUGAUCUGACACUUUCCAAAAUAUUGUGUAUUAUGCUUGUGAUAGGCGGCACGGUGGUGUAGUGGUUAGCGCUGUCACCUCACAGCAAGAAGGUCCUGGGUUCGAGCCCUGGGGCCGGCGAGGGCCUUUCUGUGCGGAGUUUGCAUGUUCUCCCCGUGUCCGUGUGGGUUUCCUCCGGGUGCUCCGGUUUCCCCCACAGUCCAAAGACAUGCAGGUUAGGUUAACUGGUGACUCUAAAU